GAAAACCCUUUCUCCACAACUAAAAAUAUCUGAAAUCUUUUCGUAUCCAUCCAUAAUCCAUUCCGUUCAUAUUCUUCAUCAAUUUCACAAUUACAACUUAUUCAUGACAACCAAUUCAAUCCCCCAAUAUCUCUCUCCCUUCCCACAAAAUUAAACUGUCACUUGAACUUAAAUUCUAUAAAUUGGAGAGGUUUGAGAGGAGUAUGAAUCUUCACAGCCCCUUACUAUUUUUCUUUGACUUUAAACCUACCUACCUGCUUUCAAAAGCCCCUACAUUACUCAACCUUCGACGUUCUUCAACUCGGUAGAUCUUCACAUUCUAUCCAUGCUCGCCUUCACAUCAACGACCCCAGUGAAUUCAUGGGAAUCACUUUGCUUUUCCUUGAUGAAAAGGAUUCAAUGAUCAACGGUUUCAUUCCUGCUGAUCGCGCCAAGCUCUACCGUCCAUCUUUACAAGAGGGCAACAUUUUCAAAGUUGCACACUUUGAGGUUGAAAGAUGCCCACAUAUGUACAAGACUACAGAUCAUCCUUUCGUUAUUCGUUUCAUCACAGAAACAACUCUUGAUCAUCUGAUGUACGAUUGUCCACUAAUUAACGCCCAACAAUUCAUGGUUCGCAAGUAUGAUCAUCUCCCACUCCUGGCCAACACAAAUUUACAACUCCCAGAUGUUGUUGGUGAAAUUAAAUUUGUCAAAGGUUAUGGCCUUAUGAACGAACGCUGAAGUCAUUUCUCCACUUCUCAUCUGUUUCCUCAUACCUCCAACCAUCGAAGUGUACUUGUCUUUAUUGGACGAUGCUGCAGCAGUGUUUAAGGCUGUCCUAAAUUCAGUGGUUAGAACCCACAAAAAAUUGGAGAUGACCUCUACCUCAACUCCACCGCUGCGACCAAAUUUUAUAUCGGCACCAAUCUCCCUGCUAUCAAAGACUUCACCGCAAACUUAAGCGGUGCAGUAGGACAGGACUCGCCCAUUCUCCACGAUGAUACAGUGAUCACUAACAAACAACUUACCUCAAUUGGAGAUCUCAACAUGUUCCUCUCCAAACCUACAGACCAGGAACCUUAUUUUAUUUCCAAAGCCCGGAUUGUUGAGGUCUUGACCCAAAAUGGCUGGCACUAUGUUUCUUGCAAUCACUGCGGGAAAAAACUAGACAACUCUGCCGCAUCUCUCCCCUGCAACCAAUGUCUUCACGCCAAUGCCAGCGGUGUUGCGAGGUACAGUGUUGAAUUAUUGGUCGAUGAUGGGAAUAAUUAUGCCACUUUUUUGGUGUUCAACAAGGAGAUGCUCAAGCUCAUUAAACAAGAUGCAGCUACUCUACUUCAUGAUGAGGUCAAUGGUGGUGUUUGCAACAUACUCCCACAAUGCCUAGCAGAACUUGAAGAACAAGCUUUUGUUUUCCAUGUCCAUGUCACGCCACACAAUUUCACCCCAAACACCCCCACCUUCACCGUUUCUGGAAUCAGGGACAAUACCAACACAGAGACUUUGCAGAUCAAUGAAACCGCAAGUGUUCAAGUGAAAUAUGGGAACCAGCAACUUUGGUAUCUGCCAGCUACACGUCAACAGAUGAGGUCGAAGAAGGUGGACGCACACACUCAAGGGAGUGAGCGUUUCAAAGCAAUACAAACGUGAACCGAACACUGUCCUGCCUCCGUCUCUUUAGUGUUUUUUUAAAUUACCAUGCAAUUUCUCUUUUAGACUUUCUAAUUUACCACUUCCCAGUCUUUUUUUAAAAAAACCACCGUUCAUGCAAUGUACCUCAUCUGAGGCUCAAACUUUCUUAAUUUCAAUAGUUUCAAAAGGGUACACGUUAUAUU